UAAUACGCACGACGAUGAAGGAGGUUGGCGCGAGAUGCCCCUCCACUCAAAAACUACUUCCCAUUGGUCUUUACGGAUCAUUCUAACCCACGCGAGCGCUUGGCGUGCACGUUCGUUUUGGCGCUUUGGUAACUGCAUCGUAUACGCUAAAAUUUCAAUCAUACAUUAAAUAUGUCCUGCAAUGAGCCGCAAGACGAUUGCACUAAGGCAAUGUCUAGGCUUGCUGUGCAGACUAGACAAACAAAAAGACCUCACAGUAAGGGUGAAACACGUGGACAAAAAACUUCUGGAUUAACACACGAGUGUGGUGUGUUUGGAUGCAUUGCUGCUGGGGAUUGGCCAUCACAAGUUGACGUGGCACAAGUGAUUUGUUUAGGACUUGUAGCCUUGCAGCACCGAGGUCAGGAAAGUGCCGGCAUUGUGACGAGUAAGGGCCUUUGCGCAAAAUCAUUUCAUGUCCACAAGGGAAUGGGAAUGAUUAGUAAUAUUUUCAAUGACGAAAAUAUCAGAAGAUUGCGAGGAAAUCUGGGAAUAGGUCACACGAGGUACAGUACAAGCGCGGCAAGUGAAGAAGUUAAUUGUCAGCCUUUUGUUGUUCACACAGCUCAUGGAGCACUGGCUGUUGCACACAAUGGAGAGCUUGUAAAUACGGAAUCCCUCAGAAAAAUGGUACUCAGUCGAGGAGUUGGAUUAUCCACACAUUCUGACUCAGAAUUAAUUACACAAGCAUUGUGUCUCAAUCCUCCUGAAGGCGAAAUUAGUGGACCAGACUGGCCAGCGCGGAUUAAACACCUUAUGCAAUUAGCUCCCCUAUCAUAUUCUUUGGUUAUUAUGCAUAGAGACAGAAUCUACGGAGUGAGAGAUCCGUAUGGCAAUCGACCUCUGUGCCUGGGAAAAAUUGUCCCCAUCGGUAAUCUUGCUAAUGAAUCUGAUGAUGAGGACGAGGCUGAUGGUUGGGUCAUAUCAUCCGAGUCUUGUGGCUUUCUUAGUAUUGGUGCAAGAUACGUCCGGGAAGUUUUUCCAGGGGAAAUUGUUGAAUUAACCCGUGAAGGAAUUAAAACAAUUGACAUAAUAGAACGACCGGAUAAAAAGCCACAAGCAUUUUGUAUAUUUGAAUACGUGUAUUUUGCACGGAGCGACAGUAUUUUUGAAGGUCAAAUGGUAUAUUCCGUUAGGAUGCAGUGUGGAAAAGUAUUAGCCUUGGAAUCUCCAGUAGAUGCAGACAUAGUUAGCUCAGUCCCAGAGUCAGGCACAGCAGCUGCGCACGGAUAUGCCAGACAGUCAAUGAUACCCUUUGCUGAGGUUUUGUGUAAAAACAGAUAUGUUGGUCGUACUUUCAUUCAGCCAAGCACAAGAUUGAGACAAUUAGGAGUGGCUAAGAAAUUUGGUGCACUAUCUGCAAAUGUUAAAGGAAAGAAACUUAUAUUAAUUGAUGACUCGAUUGUUAGAGGAAACACAAUUGGCCCGAUUAUCAAACUACUCCGAGAUGCUGGUGUUAAGGAGGUUCAUAUUAAAAUCGCGUCUCCACCUCUCAAAUAUCCUUGUUACAUGGGUAUCAAUAUACCGACACGAGAAGAAUUAAUCGCAAAUAAAUUGGAUAGUAUAAAAUUGGCUAAACAUGUUGGUGCAGAUAGCUUGACUUAUUUAUCAGUUAAAGGGCUUGUUCAAGCAGUUAGGCAUGGCAUGGAUAACCGAGAUUGCAGUUAUAUCGGACAUUGCACUGCAUGCUUGACGGGUGAAUAUCCGGAUGAAUUACCUGGUGACUUGGACUGGUAGACACUGGCACCGAAAAAUUACAUAUACAAUAUUUUCGACCGAUUUGAUAAAAUUCUUUGAAAGUUAUUUCGCUUCAAUAACAUUUUCCAUAAUUUGUCAAUUUCAUAAUUUACAUAUGACCAAAAAUUGAAUAAUGUUUCUCGUUUGGAUCUUUGAUACAGCAGAGCCCAGGAUUUUGAUAAUCAUUAAGCAAGCAGAUGUAACACGCUGCGUAAAAUAUAUCAUUUAGAAUGUAGAUAAAAUUGACUAUUUAAUUUAAUUGUAGAAUUAAGAAAGAUAUAUUGUCAUACUGUAGUGAUCUCAUUCGAUCUGAUUGAAUGUACUGUUUUGUAUCAAUUAUUCUGCGCUAUGAUAUUAGCAACCUUUAUGUAACAUACACAUGUUUACUAAUACAUUGUAAAUUACUUCUAGAACCAUACUUUUGUAAACUUUGUGAUUACGUUUAAUGUUACGUAAUUUGUACUCCAUAAUUUGUAUAUUACAAAAAUGAAAAAAUAUAUUACAUCAUUUGUUAAUGA